CAACUGAUACUAGUAAGGCAAGUUCAAAGAAAACGUGUAAGUCACCACUGAAGAGUAAGCUACAUGUUGAGGGCGGUGUUUACUGUGUAGUGCAGGAGCAGGUUGACCAACACCCACUAAGGCCGCAGAAAAUACCAUACAUGAACAAUGGGAUCAAAGUGCAGGUGUGCGAAGAUUACCAGAGGAGAGGUUGAGUAAUCUGUGAUGAGAGACGUCCUACGGGUAACCUAAAACUGAAGCACCAUGGAUAUUCUUUCCAAGUUGGGGAUAUGGCAGUCACAUGCAGGUCGACGCAGAAAGUUUAACAGGUACCAGAGGUUGGUAGUAUAUGGAUUAGCAGUGACUGUUUUUGUGAUGUGGGUUGUGGUCCCCCUCAUCUUCCACUUCUCACCAAAACUUCAUCAUUUUUUUGUGUUACUUCACACAGUGGACAGCCAAUUAGAUUCCAACAACCCAGAGAAUGUUGGUCUACCAGGAACUCGGAAUUUCUAUCUUCAGACAGAUAAAUUUGUCUUCAUUGGCUUAUGGCACAUCUUACCAGGAUCAUUGAGUCAUUCAGCUCCCGAGGGAGACUCUGACCUGCGGGAAAAGUGGUUCCAGGCACAACUGAAAAAUGACAGGCCUAUCGUACUCUACUUACACGGCAACAAAGGUUCAAGAGGGGGGAGUCACAGGGUAGAACUGUAUAAUAAACUUCGUCAGCUGGAUUACCACGUUAUUGCCAUUGAUUACAGAGGUUUUGCAGAUUCAUCAGCUGGUGACCCACUUGAAGAAGAAUUGGUAAUGGAUGCAAAGGCCGUCUUCAGUUACCUUCUUGACUUUGCUGGAACUUCUCCGAUUUUUGUCUGGGGUCAUUCUCUUGGUACAGGAGUGUCGUGCCAUGCAGUAUUAGAGCUGUGCAGGAGGAAACGGUGUCCUCGGGGUCUCAUAUUAGAAGCUCCAUUUAACAAUCUUCAUGAUGAAAUACAACGUAAUCCUUUAUCUCAGAUCUUUCAUCCCUUACCGUACUUUGACUGGGCUUUUAUAGACUCUGUGAAAGAUACUGGGUAUGCAUUUGAAAGUGACAAGCACAUAGCUGACAUCACAUGCCCAAUCCUCAUUCUCCACGCACAGGAUGAUUAUAUCAUACCCAUUGAACUUGGCCGAAAGCUCUACAGAGCAGCACAAUAUAGACAGCAGGCAGAGAAUUUUCCCACAAGAUUUAUUGAAUUUAAGGCAAUGUACGGUUAUGGACACAACCACAUUUCCAGAGCACCUGAGUUUACAGAAAUUAUAAGAAAUUUUGUGAAGAACUCAACAGCAGCUUCAAAAACUCAACAUUCACAGUAAGCUUAGAAGCCUCAAGUUGGAUCGGAAAUGAACAGAAGAUCAAUGGUUAGAAAAAGUGGUAUAAAAUUCUUAUCAUAAUUGGUAUGCUGUACAUAUUUCUGAAGUGGCAUUUAUGUAUUUGAAGAUAUAAAAUGUGUUAUAGUAAUCAUGACUGUUUGUAAAAACUGUAUAGAAAUUUCAGUUUUGCUUACUUGUAAGAGCAUGCAGUACGGUACAGUACGGUUAUGAGGGUGAUAAAGGUUUGGUUCAAUAUUUUUUUCAAAGUUCGGUACCGUAUGAAAGUACAAUUAAUUUUUUGUACUUUUAUCGUACCAUUUCGAUCCAAACCACUCCCUUGAAAUGUUGGCCUGCCACUUGGCCAGGACAAUAGCUUGGGGGGAAUGUAGGUAUGCUCCAGCCUUCAGGUCAGGUCAGGUGAAGCCGUGAUGUUAGGUCAGGUCAGAUCCGGCCACACUCAGUGAGCCAGUGAGACCAACAAAAUUACAUUACCCCAGGGAGGGGGUGCCCCUACCAGGCUUUAACAACACACACACACACGGGCUGCCAGUGAUACAAGCUAGUGUCGAACGAACCUUCAUUGCGUUGCGUUCCAACACAUAAUAUGUAGUUUUUGUGGGCUAGGGACAGAAAAUUUUAAGUAAAAUAUGUAAUUUAGUUAAUAUGUUAGAAAAUUAAAUAUUAUCUUAGGAAUAAAAUACUAAAGUUAAUAAUAUAAUUAUUCUAGUUUUGUUACACCUUAAAUAGGGCUACAUUUUGUGUGUGGGGUACAAAAUUACGGUACGAUAUUUUUUCUUUGGUACGAAUUUCGAUAAAUCAAUCGUACCGUACCGAACUGCAUGCUCUGUUUCUAGGUUGUACAGAUUCUCUCAUAGGUCACACACUUGGGAAAAAUUAGUGUUCCUCUCUCUUUAUUUUCUUAGCUUUACAUACAUGAAUAAUAAACAGACUCUCCUUUGGUUUUAAUUUCUCUGCCAUCUUUGUUGUUUUGUUAUGGUGCACUACUUGAGACACCUUGUAUUUUAGGUUAACAUGGAUAAUCUGACUUCCCAUUUUGAUUUAUUAUCAGGUCAUCAAACUGCUGGGAACAGUAUUUUCUCACUUUUCAUGUUUCCCAAGUUUUACCUGUGUGUUCAACAGAAUCAUGUUCCAACAAGGUGCCAGGGGUCAGUCUUAGGGAAGUUAAAUCAUAUCCUACAUAGAGUAUGUCUGAUAAGUACUACAGGAUUGUCAAAGGUUGAAAUGAAAUUCUUGUAUGAAGUAAAAGGUAGAAGAGUGUAAAAUUAUUUUUUUCUUAUGGCCAAAAGGUUUUGAGUAAAAUAUAUUUUGGCAGCUACCACACUGGGUAUAUCUGGCCCGAGGUAAGUCUAGUCACUUGCUGGUAUAUAUAAAAAUGUUAAUUCUUAUUUACUGUAGAUUUGUUAUAAAAAGUUCUUGAUUAUUUUGUUUUUGGUACAAUUAACUAUACAUAAUGCAGCCACUUUGUCUGGCUUGUUAUGUACUGUUUGUAUCAAUAUGAAGUACCAAGGUUCUUCUCUGCUAAUACUCCACCAGCACAAAUGUUUGUCAGAUUGUAUAAGAAAGGUUACACCAAAACUGUGCCUCAAUUUUUUUUUAAGUUUUAACUAUUUUAUGGAAAUUACCAACAAUUGCAGUAACCAAAAAGGAACUUGAGUUGUUCUAAAAGUUUUCCUGUAUAAUACUGGAAAUCCAACCCAUUGCUUAAUUAGUUCAGAGACCUUUACAAUUUAUUUACAAUAAAGGAAUAUUUCAUGGCUUUAGGUGAAGUACAGUAUUAUGAAAAAUUUGAAUUUCUAUCCCUUAAAGUUUGGGUUGUGUACAGUACUGUACUAAUUUAAUUGCCAUAAAAUAGCUAAAAAUAGUUUUUAUUAUGAAAUUUAAUUCUCUACUUUUUAAUUGCAGUUGUUCUUGUCUUGUUGCUAUGAUGUGUGUGCAGUCCCCUUUACUAUUGCAUUUACAGGGGCUCGUCAUAUAAAUAUUCCACAAAUCAUUACAUUCCAACAUUUCUUUUUAUAUGGCUCUACUUUGGUUCCAUCAUAUGUUUACUAUUGCAGGUUCCUUCUGUCAAUUGUACACAAACACAGGGCUGCUACACUGCACAAAACCUGACGAGCUCCUGUAAACACACUAGUGAAGGGGACUAUACAUGCUGAUGCUUCUGUAUAUACAUUAUAAUUGACUCAAUUUAAUCAAUAGAUGUUUAAAGUGUCAUAGACACUAGCUUUUAUCAUAAUGGGGAUUAUUGACAAUACUGUACUGUACAGGCCUGUCAAUAGUGUCUAAUAUUUAGUGUCUUUCAAAGCAAAGUGCAGGUAAUUAUGUAAAAUAUACAAGCACCCAAGAGCAUUUAUAAUUUGCCAUAUAAAUCAACACAGUAGAGACCCUCUAUGCACUGGACUUCAGUACACUGGAAUUUGUGUUUUACAAACUCCUAGGUACUCCAGACCACCUCUCUGUUCAGUGGAAAUAUUUAAAACAGUUUUGAAAAUCCAGCAUCUGUCCUGACAGAUUGCAAGUUGUUACAGAGCAUGCAAUUGAAUAUUUGUGCACAUGAGUCACAAAUGGCACAUUCCUCAAUCCGAGUCCUGCCUGCAUAAGUAUCAUAUCGGUACAUAUUGUAUUUUCUUUAACGGGGAUACUUGAGAGUUUUAAGAAAUGGGUAGAAUUAAGACAAAUUCUUAAGGCACAGACAACAUUAGGUCAAUGAAUACUGUACAGUGGUCUAAUCAGAUUUGUUGUAAGUCUAACAAGAGCUACUAAGACAAGAGAUAAGACAUUGCAUAUUUAAACAGGUUGGGGGGGGCAGGUAUUGCUGCAUUCACCAAGUUUAUUUAUGGAUUCAAUAUUAUAAUCCCAUAUGAUAAGCCUCUAAUGGUAUAUGAUUUACAGAUUUGUAAAGUAACAAAGUAAAUUUACUUGAGUACUUUACUCGAAUAACAUCUUGGGGUAUUUUUUAAAAAGUACAGUACUCAAAUUUUUCAGUACUUUUACUUUUACUUAAGGUUUUCUAAUACUUUUACUGCAAUACAAUUGAAAAAUAAAAAAAUCAUUACUCAUUACAUGCCCCAAACAAUAGUUUUAAAUAUCUAAUCACAGGACAAAGGACAAACUUGUAAGCUAACCAAUCACAAGCAUUUUUCAUGUCUGCUGCAUGUGAGCAUCUGCUUAGUCAAGCUGGGCUUAUAUUUAGGCCUAAAAGAUCCUAAUUGUGGACAGCCAUAAUUUUGAGAAUUGGCUAUUUAUUAAUCUCGGUAGAAAGAUUUGCAAAUAAACAUGUGUAAUGC